CCGUGCAGCUUCUUAUGCUCAUCUUCGUCCUCGUGCGUGUUUUCUUUCUCAUGUGUCUCUUGUUUUCUUUUCCUCUUGUGCCCGCUCGCGAAUUGUUCGUUUUCCACAGAGCGGGGGUCAUUUAUGGUAUAGUUGCGUGAAGACCUGUGUCAGCUAGAGGACUGAGCAAACAAGAGGAGGGUUAAGAUCGAGAGCGAAGAUGAGGCGGCAAUUGCCGUUUGAGCGGCUUACUGAGAAGAACAAGCGGAUUCUUCCGCUUGCUAUUUCUAUUGCUGGUGCCUGCACGAUUUGUUUUUUUCUCGGCUCGUUCUACUGCGGUCUCAGGGAACCUAAUGUUGUCCCUCGCCCACAUACGCUCGUUGUGAAUCCGCCCAUAGCUUUUAAGCCUUGCAAAAGGGAGUUCCAGGAUUUCACACCAUGCACGGAUCCUUCAAGAUGGUCAAAACAUGCUGGAAAUACUAAGGGAUAUGCGGCGAGGGAGAGGCAUUGCCCCCCGAAGCAGGACCGGUUGCAGUGUUUAGUGCCCCCCCCACCGGAUUACAAGGACCCAAUCAGAUGGCCAGAGAGCCUUAACACGACCUGGUACAGCAACGUUCCCUAUGACUGGAUCGACAAGCAGAAGUCAAACCAGCAUUGGGUAGAAAGGAAGGAUGACAAGUUUAUCUUCCCAGGAGGUGGGACCAUGUUUCCGCAUGGUGUUGGAGUAUAUGUGGACAACUUGCAGGAGGUCUUGCCUCCUCUGAAGGAUGGCACRAUCAGAACUGCUCUGGAUACUGGUUGCGGGGUUGCCAGCUGGGGUGGAGAUUUGCUGCACAGGGGCAUCCUUCCUUUGUCUUUUGCACCAAAAGAUAACCAUGAGGCACAGAUCCAGUUUGCUCUUGAGCGGGGUAUUCCAGCUAUGCUCGGCGUAAUCGCCACUCAAAGACUGCCAUACCCGAGCAGAGCUUUCGAUAUGGCACACUGCAGCAGAUGCCUUAUCCCGUGGUCAGCCAAUGGUGGGCUGUAUUUGACGGAGAUUGCGCGCAUCCUUCGGCCUGGAGGAUUCUGGGUCCUUUCUGGGCCUCCUGUGAAUUACCAACGAAGGUGGAGAGGGUGGGAAACCACGGAGGAAGAACAACGACAGGAUCUUGAGAAGCUAAUGGUUACGAUGAAGAGUAUGUGUUUUACUCUGUACAAACUGGAGGGGGACUUUGCGAUCUGGCAGAAGCCAACAACUAAUGAAUGCCAUAAGCAGAAGAAACAGGACGGUUCUCAGCCAGCCAUCUGCGAUACAGACGCGUACCCUGCUGAUGAUGCGUGGUAUGUGCCAAUGGAGCCUUGUGUAACGCCAUUCCCGGAUAAUUUCGUAAGCACACCACAGCGACAAUGGCGUGAAAGGGUAAACGCUAUACCACCGCGGAUUCUGGAGUCGAAGGAUGAAAGUGCUGCGGUGUUUCAACACGACGUGAAGAAGUGGCAAGAAAGAGUGGAGUUCUACAAGACGGUUGUUGGUGAGCUGGGGAGCAACAAGAUUCGCAACGUGAUGGACAUGAAUGCUGGAUAUGGAAGCUUUGCUGCUGCCCUUGUUGACAUGCCUGUUUGGACAAUGAAUGUUGUUUCAACGUAUGGCGUGAAUACCCUUGGUGCGGUGUUUGAUCGGGGCCUGAUCGGCACGUAUCACGACUGGUGUGAAGCUUUCUCAACGUACCCAAGAACAUACGACAUGUUGCAUGCUGCCGGACUUUUCAGUGCAGAGGGUCACAGAUGCGAGCUGACGGAUGUUAUGCUGGAGAUGGACCGCAUCCUUCGUCCCAACGGAGUUGUAAUUGUUCGCGAUCUUGACUAUGURGUUGAGAGGGUGGCCAAUGCCGCCAAGCUGAUGCGCUGGRAUUGUCAGUCUUUCUCUGACGAUAGUCGUUCAGAUGUUUCCGAGGAGGUCUUAGUUUGCAGGAAGGAAUUCUGGACGAUCUAGAAGAUGAGCGGCAGGCGUCUCGUGCUGGACGCAGGUUGCCGAAGCGGCUGUCGACCCUGCUUAAAGCGCGGUGGUCGGCUGAUUCAGGCGAGCGUAGAGCAAGGUAGGAGUUGUAGACAGACCCAUUGUUGUUACCUGCUGGUUUCCCUCUUCUCUUAUUUGAGAAGUUUCAAUUGGGAAUGAGAUGAAAAUGCUAACUUUCGCGAAUGUUUCAUUACUUCAUCAUGUAGGACUCUCUGUAUCCCUUUACCGUGGAGCAAAUUAGGAGGGUUUCACUUCGGAAGGCGCUGGUACUCAAGCGUCAAAGCAGUCUAUGCUACGUGGUGUAUUCUGUGUCAGGAUGACGCCGGAGUCAUCAUCAUAAAUGAUGUGAAACACAACAGAGUUAUGGGUAAUUUGCAGGGAGGCCCACUUCUCCUGGGCGGAAAUCGGGCUUAGGUGGCAGGUGCGACAAGGCACUUCACCGGUGGAAGGAAAUAAAGCUCGUGGGAGUUCGUGGUGCACGCAAGAUCAUCGGCAAGAGAAGAAGAAAGUGAUGCCAACACGAACACACGAGAGAGACCCUACGCACAUUUCAGCCGGUCCCCAGCUUGGGAUCAUCAGGGGUGAGAAGAACAUGGCUAGGAUGGGUAAAUCAUGAAGAAUCUGGUGAAAAACGAUUCGGAGCACGUGGCUAUUGCGGGCAUGGUGUGUAAGUGUCCGAAUCGCACGGCUUCUGCAGGAGUCAUGGUUGUGACUGUCAUAUUCCCGAUUGCAUGUGGAUAAGGAACAGAACGAGGGGUCUUAUCAGGUGGUGAUGUUCAUCUCUUCACGGUACAGUUAUGUGCACUCGUGUACAGCAGACGAUUUGUUGUAAUGGAGGAGCAGGUGGAGCCCGGCCGUGGUUAUGGUGAAUGCUGUCGAUUCGACGGACAUGUGGAAAUGCGGUCCAGGCAAAAUGCACACGUGCGUCUUUAUAUGCGUGCAGCGAUGGGGAUUUUCUUUUCGUGUUGGAAAUUGAUCCAUUUUCGAACGUCGCUGGGGAGGGCGUUGAUAUAUUGCGUGUUGUAUGUAACCCAUUUAACAAGUUGGCCAAUUCCGAUUCUUCAAUUUUUGGUAAUGAACAGAGCCUUGAUGGGAGAGAGAGUGCGUAAGUUUUUAAAGCAUUUUUUCGUUGUUCCUUUGGGUUUCCUACCCUUGCCUCAUUUGUGGGCUUUUUUGACCGGGAUAUGGCUUUGCAUUCUGUUCUUUUUCCCCUUUUUUUUUCUCGUUUUGAUCUCCGGAAGCGGCUGUGGUUUUCUCGUGCCGAUCUUUGUUCAAUGGAUUGAAAAUGGGGUUCGUUUUUUUUUUAUAGUUCUCAAUGUUAAAACAAAAAGAAAAAGAAAGAGAGUUUUCAACUUUCUCAAGCAGCAGAGGUUGCGCCUAACAAUGUUGGUGUGUACUGUGCAUAAUGUCCUUGGGAGAAGUUGUUGAUGGACGUAAAUAAAGGUCGUGGAAAUUC